UUGUUUAAACAUGCACCAUUACUUAAAGUAAUGUGGUACAAUCAUAUCGCUGUAAAUUGUAAUUCUAAAUACUGUAGAAUGUAGAUAUGAUAUUCAUUAAUUCCAGGUUUCCUCGGGAUAAAGAACGAAGGAAGCAGUGGGAGUUAGCAGUGAACAGAGAAGACGAGUGGUCUUCAACUGCCUCCAGUGCCGUUUGCUCCGAACAUUUUGAGACUAAAGACUUUUAUCUGACAGAGAGUGGGCUCAGGCGCUUGUCUGUGGAAGCUGUGCCUGCUAUUAAUAUUUCUCCAUGUCAAGAGCCAGAACCAACAAUAUCCCGUGUUCAGCCAGUUGACAUACAACCCACAGAUACAGAAGAAGUAAUUCAACUCAAAUACAAAGUGCAUAGAUUAGAAAUUAUAGCAGAAAAUAGAAAAAAAAGACUGAACCUCAUGUGGCAGGGGAAACGAAGACUGCGGAAGAAGUUGGAAAGAAUGAAAUGUUUGGUCAAACAUUUGAUAAAAAAUAAAAAAGAAAAUGGUAGUUUUAGCUGAAAUGUGGAUUAUAAAAUGAUAAUAAUUUAAUGACUUUAUAUUUUUAAAAAUUGAUGGUCAAAAUGUCCUAAAAUCUGUAAGUACUUACAGAGGCCUUAGUACGAGUUUGUUUUACGCUUAAAGUAAUCGUAACGAGUAC